AAAUGGCUUCCCAAGGACGAGAUCUCAGAAGGUUUGUGGAAUUUGGACGCAAAAUUAUCGGCGUGGGUAAAAACUACAGGCCCAACGGAUCGCCACAACAGCCCCCUCCUGCUCAAGAUCCCUUGAUUUUUUUAAAACCAACGUCAACAUAUUUGAGUCCGGGGGAAAAAAUUAAGAUUCCAGUGGGUCGUGAUCAGAUUUAUCAUGAAGUAGAGCUUGGAGUUGUGAUUGGCAAAACUGGCAAAACUAUUACAGAGUCUCAAGCUAUGGAGCAUGUUGGAGGAUAUGCUCUGGCUCUAGACAUGACUGAUUUUGAUCUUAUAACUGAAAAAAAUGAAGCCAUUAAAGUUACCUACCCAUGGGCACUUGCCAAAGGCUUUGACACAGCAACACCAGUCAGUGAAUUUAUACCCAAAUCAGCGAUUACAGACCCAAACGAUGUACAUCUGUGGUUGAAAGUUGACGGUGAAACAAAGCAGGAUGGAAAUACACAGGAUAUGAUUUAUAAGAUUCCUCAUUUAAUCAGUUUUGUCAGCCGUUACAUGACAUUAGAAGAAGGGGAUUUGAUUUUAACAGGAACUCCAGAGGGAGGUUCCCCAGUGAAAAGGGGUCAGACAAUAAUUUGUGGACUGGGGAACAAGAUAGAAAUGACCUUCCCUGUGUCAUCUUAAAGGGCUGUGAUAAAUAUUUUUUUUAGAUAUAUCAACAAAGUUGAAAUGGUAAAUUGGC